ACGGUAUCGCUAUCAGUAUCACCCUCACAGAGUCCAUUGUUCUAUUUUCCCUUCUUCUUCUUCAUUGAAGCCUUUCACGGUUCACACAUAACAAAAACAGCGUACCCUUCGGCCACCCACCACCACUGGAGACCAAGUUCCGGAGAGCUCACUGGAACUAGCUCCUCUAGUCUCAGCACCCAUAUAGAGAAAAAUUAAGGAAUACCCUUUUGAAGGUCUUGAAACUUGAAAGGCCUGGACUUGGGGUUAAGAAAGUUGAGGCUAAAACCCCACAAGGUGUUUGUGUUUGUGUCUCUGUGUGAAGUUUGACAUACUUAUGAAUGGCUUGGAGAGAGCUUACCAAAAAGGGUGUACGCACUAGUCUUCCAAGAGCUUUGACUCCUGUGCCACCAAGGCCUGUGGUUGGGUCAAACUUUUCAUCUGCCCUUGAGGAUGUAAUAAAAACAUCAAUCCCUGCUUCAUUAAGAUGCAUAUCAGAGUUCUCUUCCAGAUCAGCAUUAUGGGGCUCAGCUUGUCACAAGGCUCCAGCAGUAUUGCCCCUUAUGAGGUAUUUUCAUUCCACUCCGGAGCUGUGGGCUAGAAGGAAUAAUAAUGACCCAGUUUCUGAAACAAAUUCCAAGAAAAAGCCUUCCAGUAGAGGGAAGUUUGCGAAAAGAGUCAGGACUGAGCCACCUGUUGAAGCCCCUUAUGUGCCUCCUAGACCAAAAAGAACCACCAAAUCCUUGCCAGAUAAAACAAUUGACAUCUUUGAAGGCAUGACAAUUGUGGAGCUUGCCAAGCGUACUGGUGAAUCAAUACGUACACUGCAGGAAAUUCUAGUCAACGUUGGGGAAAAGGUUGAAUCUGAGUUUGAUCCUCUCAGCAUUGACAUUGUGGAACUGGUUACAAUGGAAGUCGGAAUCAAUGUAAGGAGGCAACACUCCACUGAAGGUACUGAAAUUUUACCGAGGCCUGCAGUUGUAACAGUAAUGGGUCAUGUUGAUCAUGGUAAAACUUCUCUCUUGGAUUCUCUACGUCAAACAUCAGUGGCAGCAAAGGAAGCUGGUGGCAUAACUCAGCAUCUUGGUGCUUUUGUUGUGAGUAUGCAGUCAGGAGCGUCAAUCACUUUUUUAGACACCCCUGGUCAUGCUGCAUUCAGUGCAAUGCGAGCAAGAGGUGCAGCAGUUACAGAUAUAGUGGUGCUAGUUGUAGCUGCUGAUGAUGGAGUGAUGCCCCAAACUCUUGAAGCCAUGUCUCAUGCAAAAGCAGCUAAUGUGCCAGUUGUUGUUGCAAUUAAUAAAUGUGAUAAACCAGCUGCUGACCCAGAGAGAGUAAAGCAACAGCUUGCUUCAGAGGGCUUGCUACUGGAGGAGAUAGGUGGUGACGUUCAGGUGGUUGAAGUUUCAGCGACAAAGAAGACUGGGUUGGAUAACUUGGAAGAGUGUUUGCUUCUCCAGGCUGAAAUGAUGGAUCUGAAAGCACGUAUUGAUGGGCCUGCUCAAGCAUAUGUGGUGGAGGCAAGACUUGACAGGGGACGGGGUCCAUUGGCUACUGCAAUAGUUAAGGCGGGGACUUUGGUCUGUGGGCAGCAUGUGGUUGUUGGCUCACAGUGGGGCAGAAUAAGGGCUAUUAGGGAUACGGUGGGGAAGUUGACUGAGAAGGCAACACCUGCAAUGCCUGUUGAAAUUGAAGGGCUGAAGGGGCUCCCAAUGGCUGGUGAUGAUAUUAUUGUUGUGGACUCUGAUGAGCGAGCUAGAAUGCUUAGUGAGGGAAGGAAAAGGAAAUUUGAGAAAGAUAGGCUUAGCAAGGUCAAUGAUGGGGCAACAGAAAAUUUGGAAACAUCAGAAGAGGAGUUUAAGAGGGUUGAAAUGCCAAUAAUAGUAAAAUCAGACGUUCAGGGAACCGUCCAAGCUGUCACAGAUGCAUUAAAGACUUUAAAUAGUCCUCAGGUUUUUGUGAAUGUUGUCCAUGUUGGUGUUGGACCUAUUUCUCAAUCUGAUGUGGAUCUAGCAAAAGCCUGUGGUGCUUGUAUAGUUGGGUUCAAUAUUAAGAGUCCACCUAGUUCUAUCAAUCUGGAAGCGACUCAAGCCGGUACAAAGAUAGUGCUUCACCGUGUGAUCUAUCACCUAUUGGAAGAAAUGGGCAAUUUGAUAGUAGACAAGGCCCCUGGGACUAGUGAGACUCAGGUAGCUGGGGAGGCUGAGGUACUAAAUAUAUUUGAGCUCAAAGGAAGGAGCAAAGCAAAGGGAGAUGAUGUAAAAAUUGCUGGCUGUCGAGUCAUUGAUGGUUUUGUCUCAAAAUCAUCAACCUUGAGGCUCAUGAGGAGUGGGGAAGUUGUGUUCGAGGGAUCCUGUGCAUCUCUUAAGCGGGAGAAGCAGGAUGUGGAUACAGUGAGGAAAGGAAACGAGUGUGGACUUGUGAUUAGUGAUUGGGAUGAUUUACAGAUUGGAGAUGUCAUCCAGUGCUUGGAGCAAGUUGUAAGGAAGCCCAAAUUCAUUUCAUCUGAGAGUGGUGCUGUUCGAAUUGAGUGCUGAUGGUACUUUCACUAGAUGCUCUGUUUUUUUGACUCAAUCGUUUUCCCUUGCGUCUCUGCUUGAGGACAAACAAAUUCUUGUAACAUCAGGAUCAAUACCUAGACUUGCUGCAGGGCGCUCUCAGUCAUUUUUACAAACUGGUGCUCCUGCCCAAAUACCCCAUGCUUCAGAGUGGCUAAGGUUUAUUUAUGUAGGACAAUUUUGAAAGGUUAUGGCAAAAUAUUCGGUUUUUGAUAUAAAUUUUGUUGUACAAUAGCAAACCCACAAGAUUAUUAGAUCAAAACAUCAGCAAAGAGCAAUUUGUUUAUUUAAUUUACACUUUUAAUUGCCUA